GCCACCUGCAACCACAGGCCCUCGACAUGGGACAAGAUUGGCUCCUCCUGGAUCUUGAUGCUCGUACAAAGUACAAGAUGGACCAGCUCGGUGAUGAGUUCUUCCAUAUCGGACGCGAUGUGUUCCGGAUGCUUUGGGUUCCACCACCAGUGCCUCCAUUCGAGUUGAAGCUCAGGCAGGACCUCGGGAUCAACACGCAGAUCCGAGACGAUCGAUCCCUCAUGUUGCUCCCCAAUGAGCUUCUCGACCUGAUUUUCGUCUGGCUCGCCGAGGACUGGUGUGAUCUCGUCUGCUUCGCCGCUACGUGCUCGAGUCUCUGGUACAUCGGCAUCACGCACAUACACAGUCACUUUCUCCGACUUCAGAUAGAGUCUACAUCGCGUGGUCAUCGCCUCAUCUGCCUGGGCGACAAAACCGAAGCGAACGAUCUGCCUCGCCACUUGCAUCUCACCGACGACGAGAAGAAACAAAUCGAGUCCGAUGGCUUGUACACCACGGCGCAUCGCAAGUUCGCCUGUAACAGCUCGUUCUCGGGACGCGGCGCCGGCCUGCGGUCGUCCUUGAUCGCAGCUAUGAAUUUUCGGAUGAACUGGGAUAUGGGCAUCCUGAAUGAUGUCCUGGAGCGACUCCUCCCUCCCGACGCGCGCCUACCUGCCAACGACAAUGAUCUCGUCCUCCUCAAUCUAUCCAAGCACGAAUUCGUACGCGGCUCCGCACUCAUGUCCCGCAACGCAAUCUUGCUCCAGCAUUACAAAGUCGACGGUUAUUGCGAACUGCCCUGCCUAGGGAAUGCGUUACUUGCUCUGAUCUGCUGGUCUUCCGACCCGUACACGGGUAUUCGGUACUAUAAACCUCUACAUCGGGGGGCUUGGGCAGGGGAUCGAUUCAGCAUUGUGCCAGAGGAAGCACACGAGCGUGAGCGACGAGAUGGAUCUGGGCGGCGUUGGGUGGAUAUAUCUCACAAGGUCUCGCUUGAGCUCCGUGAGAUCUGGAUUGCCCAAAGGGUGCUUGUUCCUCGAAGGGCACGGUGA